AUGGCAGCCAGUCUAGGUAGCCAGAUUCACAAGGUCUUGGAGCAAAGGAAAGGCCUACUCUCAGGAGAUCCGCCUUCCACCCCCGCUCUGGAGAACAGAUUGAAAACGGAGCUACAGAUUCUUCAGAGGCACCAGCAAGUGCUGGAAGCACGGGCCAGACUGCGACUAGAAGCGGGAAUCUCGUUUGAAAGUCGAUUCAAGGAGGCGUGUGACGGCCCCUUCAUCAUGAAUUAUCUGGUCCUUCCACACGUUUUCUCCGAAAAGGUUCCGGUGUGGAGCUUUGUCGGUGAUAGUCGUCUUCUUAUCAGUCUGGACGCCGCACAGAGAACAACGGAAGACUCAGACAGUAUCUUCUCAGAGGAGAAGGAGCGCAUUGCUAGCAUCAUCCCCGAGGCGUGGAGCACUGAGCCGAUGCCAAGGCUUGAGGAAGAGAAGACACAGAAGAAUUCGGGACUUGCCGGAGUGAGCAGAGACGUCUCCGGAUUGCCCGGUUGCGCGGCGAUCUUCGACGUCGUGUCGGCCGCUCAUGUCAUGUACCGCAUGAAAUGCCUCUUUCCUUCAUUGCAGUCGAUCCAUUAUGACUUCUACAAGCGUUUGUGGGGCUUCCGUCUCACCCACAAAGCUACCGGCGCUAUCUUCGCGAUCUAUGAGCACACGGCGGCGGUCAGGGCUGCGGUCAACUUUAUCCCGAAAGCUAGCCCCUGGACAGACUGCAUUAAGAGCGAGGCAUGUGCGCUGGUAGAGCUCCUGCUGUCGGAUGCGUGCCUCCAUCCCUGUGGCGUGGUCGCCGGCAGCAUCGAUCCCCGCAUCUUGAGCAGAUACAAGUUUGAUCGUUAUCCAGUGGAUCCGCCGUUCAUCUGUACCAAGCGCUUACGGGACGAAGACUACGAGCGUGCUACCUCCAUUCGAGAAAAUUGGGACAUAGAACUGCCGCGGGAAACGGACACUGAGCCAAUCCCCUUGUGCGCCGCAAUCUCCUCGGGCAUGCUGCUGUACCGUCUGAUCGCGAUUUUCAGCCACGUGCCGGAUGCUGAGAUCAGGGGCAGACUUGCAAGCAUCUCCAUGAUGUCCCAGUCUCUCACCAACGACGAACUUCCCCUGCUCGACAUCGUUAACCCCCCAAACCCUGCGGAUUCGAUCUGGCAUACGAAAAUCGCGCAUGUGGCAACCGGGGUAGUUGUGCGCCUGGGAGAUUGUCGCGGGGGGGCCGCUGUGUGGAUCGACAUGGACAAAGUGGAUUCUCUGGAAGAGGGUAGGGCUGAGAUUGUCAAAGAGAACCUCGAGUGGCUGUUGGGGAUCCUGUGCGGACCCAAGUGUCCGCACACGUAUGACGGCACUCUGGCCGGUUGCGUGGCAUGA